CCUAAUAGUUCCUUCCACCAACAAUGUAGCCCCCACAUAUAUUGUAUUUAUAUAAUGCACCAAUUGGUCAUCUUCCAUUUAAAAAUAUCUAGCUACUAUAUCAAUCAAGAUAAAACUUAUGUCCUCAAAAAAAAAUCUAGAGCUCUCUGUCCCUCCAAAAAUAAAAUUGAAUAACAUGACUUCCGUUGAGGAGCAGCAUGUUGUCACAAACAAUUGGGAAGUAAACAAAAACCAACUAGAAUUGAUGCAACAAAAAAUCUCCCAACCACCUCGACUCCUAAGCGAAUCGGCUGGCCGGAGUUCUUGUUGCAUUUUUCGAGUACCUCAAAGUUUCAUCAACGUCAAUGGUCGAACCUACGAGCCUCAAAUAGUGUCGAUUGGCCCGUACCACCACGGAAGAGACAACGUCAAGAUGAUCGAAGAGCACAAGUGGCGAAUAUUGGGCAAUUUGCUUAAGAGGACACAGGAAAAAGGUAUUAACUUAGAGGACUAUUUGAAGAAUAUUCAACCACUUGAAAUGAGAGCCAGGGCAUGUUACUCUGAAUCCAUACCUCUUACUAGAGAUGAGUUUGUUGAAAUGUUAGUUCUUGAUGGUUGCUUCAUUAUUGAACUUUUUAGAAAGAUUGGAGGUGUAAUCCCAAUUGAGAGAGAGGAUCCACUUUUCUCUAUGGCUUGGAUUUACCCUUUUUUAUUAAGGGAUUUAAUUAGACUUGAGAAUCAAAUUCCAUUUUUCAUACUCAAAUCUUUGUUUGAAUUCACCAAUGGAUAUGAUGCACCAUCAACAACCCCUUCUUUAGCCAAAUUAGUCUUAACUUUCUUUAACUUCAAACUACCAAGGUCUAAGGAAGUUUUUGAAAAAUUUGGGAAUCUUGAAGGGAAACACUUACUUGAUUUUCUUAGAUCAAGUUACAUUUUCAAAGAUGAUGAAGAGCCUAAAACUAGAAGGAUCAAUUUGCCUACACAUGUCAAGCAAUGCAUCUCCAAGCUUCGUCAAGCCGGGAUUAAGCUAAGGCCUAGACAAGAAGAGACAUUUUUGGCUAUAAAAUUCAAUAAUGGAUUCAUCGAGAUGCCAACAAUUACCAUAGAUGAUUUCAUGAGCGCAUUCUUGAUAAAUUGUGUGGCAUAUGAGCAAUGUCAUGUGGAUUGUUCAAAGCACAUGACAACCUAUGCAACAUUGCUUGAUUGUUUGGUGAACACACACAAGGAUGUUGAGUACUUGAGUGAUUGCAACAUAAUUGAGAAUUAUUUUGGCACCCAUGCUGAAGUUGCUAUAUUCAUAAACAAUCUUGGGAAAGAGGUCAUGUUUGAUAUUGACAAGUGCUAUUUGUUGGGAUUGUUCAAUAAGGUGAAUGAUUAUUAUAUGAAGAGUUGGCAUGUUCAUUGGGCAAGUUUCAAGCACACUUAUUUUAGCUCUCCGUGGUCUUUUGUGUCAGCAUUUGCGGCUUUGGUGCUUUUGGCAUUGGCUGUUCUCCAGACCCUCUACUCUGUUUUGAGUUAUACUAACCCUCCUUCUUAAUUGGGACUUGCAAAAUUAUUUGAAGCUAUGUGGCCUUGGUGUUAUUUGAAGCUUUUUGUGCUAGCACGGGCCCAAUAUUGUAAAAGCUAGAAUGGUUAGUUCUGGUUACAUUUGCUUAAAGAAGAUUAAAGUAUGUCAAGAUAUAUACUAACAUUAUGAAAGGAUUUACUCUAGUCGGGUACAAUGUUUUCCAAGUUUUCCAAAUUGUACAAAAGUUAAAAGAACAUGAACUUGUGGAUGUUGGAUCUUUCCCAUGAGACCUUGGGACUAUAUACAUUUAUGAGAUGUGUUAGUUGGUACU